AUGCGUCAACUACUCGUUUCAACGACGCUCCUAAUCUCGAUUGUCUUCUCGUUCACAUUGGACUGUGAUUUCCGUCGUGAAUGCUGUUGGAGAAGCGCUGAAGGGGAAGGCGUUUGGGAGACAAGGAAAACCAUCUCAACCAACGAGUUUCGACGCACGUUUCUCGUCGGCAAAAAGUCGACACCACCAGAUGGCCCUUACGUGAUGCGGGUGGAAACAGGGGCGCAAGAGGGCGGCUCUUCUUUCAUGUCGUGUCCAUUUUGCUCAACAUCGCCGGUGAUCGUCAGAUAUCGACAUUGGCAAUCUCCAACAGCUCAAGUGAGCCUCUGCUGGCAACUCGUCGUCGGUCAAGAGACUCAAGAGGAGGAUCAAGAGGAGUGCAUCCAGAUUUCACCCAACGAACAAAGCAAUCUCGCCCAGCAGACGCUCUUCGUGCCGACAGGGAAACAGAUACAGCUCUAUUUCCUCAUCGAGAAUGUUGCCUCGAAGACGUACGGAGUGAUUUUAAUCGAUCGGAUCUCCGUCGAGUACAAUGAUUGCAAAACGGCUCCCUCACUUCCUUCAAUCAACCUUGGGGCUCAGCACACUGCUGUUGUUCCCGUUCACCGCUCUUCGUCAUCGGAUUUUAGAAAAGCAAGACCGAAAGCGAUUUUGCCGAACUCAGGGAAUCGAAAGCUGAAGAUCAACAAGCUCACGAUGCAGGAAAGCGCUUUGAAUGAAGAGGUGGCGAGGCAGAUUCGAAAUUUGGAGAACACACAGGAUAAAGAUUUGCGAGUUUCGUCGGGGAACAGCGGAGAGAAACAUUUCGACACGUUGAGCACGACGACGUCUGACCGAAAACCAGCUCAACAAAAGCCCUCUUCAUCAUCACAAAUCUCAUCCACUCACCUAGUUCCCCGUUUAUCGACAGCAAUUGAAUCGCAAACAGUCAAGAAUCCGACGAUGAAGAGCACAAAGCAUGUGAAAAUCCCGCAAUCGUUUCACGAGGCGGCCAACCGAGUGACGGUGAUGGAGAACACGCAACGAGUGGCUCCAUCAAUGGCGACGAGUGGGAUGAGAGGGAGAAUGGGACAAACAAUGCAACCACCACCCCCGAGAGCCAUCCCAUCAGUUCUUCCACCACCACCACUCCUGCCCACAUCAUUGGGCAAAGAUUUCAAUCCUUUGCACGAUCUCGUCGGAAAAGAGUUCUCUGAUUUCCUCGAUCCGAGUUUCAUCAGCAAAGAUGACGAGGAGGGUGAUGAUCCGGAAGCCGAAGAAUACUUUAGGCAACAGAAGCAGAAACCCCAGCAGCCGGCUCCUCCAAGCACAAGUGUUCGACAGCCGGCUCGAUCACGAACAUCCCAGCCAACAUCUCGUACGGUGAUGCAACCACAGAGAGUAACACAGCAGCAACAAGUCCCACCACAGACACCGAUUCGACCAGCUACCUCUUCAAAUCGAUCUCCCCUUCAUCCGCUUUUCGAUCGAAAUCAAUGCGAUAGCCCGGGCGGAUGUUUAUUCGAGCGUGGCCUCUGCUCGUACACUCAUGCGACGCUCGAUCCGAAUCAAAUGUUUCGAUUGACGAAAGUCGGUUUAUCAAGUUUUGCGUUGGCGAAUGUGAGACCGAGCUCGGUGGUUGUUUUAGAGACGCCGACGAAUCUACGGGAAGAGCAUUUGAUCGUUCUCGACGUUCUCGAGCAUCAUUCGGACGUCAGUUUGCGGGGAUGUUGUCAGGUAAUCGGUCAACCGCAACUCAUUUGCCCCUUUUCAACUCCAAUCGAAUCAUCGGUGAUGAUUUGGCAAGCUGCUCGGUUUAGUUGCCCAGCAAAUACGGUUAAGCUGGUGUUUAUGUGCGAGAAUCGCGGAAUGAUUGACGUAUUGUUCGCUUUGUUCUUCUUCGAAUCGACAUUUGGCUUCGUUUUCUUUGCCGCCAACCUUGCGAAACGCACUCGAGGGUUGAUCAAACGCGGGAAUAAAUAUGGGAAAAAAACCCGUAGCUUGUUUGGUGUGGGAAAAGUCGUGAAUCUGGCAAAAAAGUUUCGAAAAUUCAUCAAACACAAUCCGACGAUUCCCCGCCUUCGACCAGAGAGCUCUUUAGCAGCGAAACCCAAGGAUAAGAACUACGAUCCGUGCAAAGAGCGCCAAAUGUGCAUGAAUGGUGGAACUUGUAUAAAUCGCAAUGGAAAUUUCGAGUGCAAAUGCGAGAAAGGAUACAUUGGAAAAAGAUGUGAGUUGAAAGUUUCAUUGGAGAAUUGUCGAGACAAUCUUUGUCAACAUCAAGCCAAUUGUUAUAGUGUCCCCGAGACGUACCACGUGCUGGAUAUCAUUUCCUAUAAAGCAGCAAGGAAAAAACAUCCCGGGGACACGAUUAACAGUCAGAAUUAUAUGAAAGAAAUCAGUUACAGAUGCGAUUGCCUUGAUGGAUAUUCUGGGGAUUUAUGCGAAAUGACGUCGAAUGAUCUCUACUGUAUGACGGAUGGAUGUUUCAAUAAUGGGGAAGGUGAAUGGAACGCGACAAGUGGUAAAGAAAAGGAUUGUAUCUGUCAUUGUAAUCAGGGAUUUGACGGAAAACAGUGUGAAUUCGUAAAUCCGUGCUUUGCGAACGACACAUGUCAUUUUGGGAUCUGUAAAGCGAAUAGGAAAAUCGAGCUUGGCACCGAUGGUCGAGAAGUGAUCACGUACGAGCCGGGGUGCGAUUGUGGCACGAAAUUUCCAUUCACCGGCGUUGAAGUGACAGGUACAACUUGUUCGGAGUUGAGCAUGGAAAGCAAAGAGUCGAAAUUCCAAAGUGUCAUCCCUGGCCUACUUCCGCGCACCGAUUUCCCGCAUUCACCCCAAUCUUGGACCACUUGGCUUGAAAAUGUGAAGCUGCAUCGAAAUGAGAUGAAUUUAAGUCUAACCGAUAUCGAAACGUUGGAGGGAUUGCCUUUGACUUGUAAAACGCCAAAGCUUGGCUCGAUUAAAGGCGGAGAUCCGGAUGUGGUACCGGAGGAAUGGGAUGACUGCUCGGCGCUACUGGAGGGGAAAUUUUGCCUCCAAAACGCUUCACACGAGCCAUUCAUCAUGGAAAUGCCCUCGGGAACAAAGAUUUUGGCUCCACACUGUAGCUGUGACGAUUUGCAAGGGGACUAUGAAGGGAAUUUUUGCCAGUAUAAACGAGAGAACCCUUGUCAUCCGACUUUUGAGGAAUUCGAGAGAGGGAUCACACUGGAGAAUCGGUGCACAUCUACGAUAAAUGGUGUGUGCAGCUCGACGGUGCGUAAAGGGGAAGCGGUUUGUAUUUGUAAUCCUGGCUACACGGGAACGAAAUGCGAGAAAUUUGAUCCAUGUGCUGAGAUGCUUUGCCCACCAAACUCGGAGUGUGUUCCAUUGGAUCCGGAUAGCAAUCGACCGGAAGCUGCCUCACUGCGUCUUUAUCAAUGCGUUUGUGCCAAGGGAUUCGUCAAUGUUUCGCCGAACAACUUUGAUUGUCAAGCCGGAAAUGGGACGAACAAAUGCGCUGAUCGAACGCUUUGCACACAUGGAACAUGCUUUGAUUGUGGAAAGAAAGCGCCGGAAGGAAAUCUGGAGAUGUGUGACGAUCACGAGCUUGUUGUUCAGUACAAAUGCUUCUGUGAGCCAGGCUGGUCGGGAUUCAACUGUGAUCACGAGAUUUCGGUUUGCUCGAAAAGUCAAUGCCAAAAUGGGGCGAUUUGUCGACAAACCGAAGAUUACGAUUAUGAUUGUAUUUGUCGACCGGGCACACGCGGAACAUUUUGUGAGUACGUCGAGGAUUACUGUGUGGCAUUUGGAAAUGAGCGCUGUGUAAAUGGAAAAUGUGAAGAGAAUGACGCGUUCAGCCGAAAAUUCAAGUGCGAAUGCGUUUAUGGCUUCGGUGGGCUCGAUUGUGAUGUUGAAAUCGCGAUGUGGACAUUGUUGGCGAACUUUUGGGAGGAUUACGAACCUUGGUGUGUUGGAUGUAGUUCGGCGGCGCUGCUUGUUCUUUUUCUCAUCUGUCACUAUUUGUUUUUGCUUGCAGAUCAUGAAGUUUCGACGAAGAUAGAAGUGCUCAAAGCUGGCAAAAGCAAAGGCGAAGAAAAUCGAGAUAUCCUCAAAGUGAACCCG